AUGUGGGGGCCAGGGUCCUCCUCCUCGGAGAUUGACGACUGGGACCUCAUCUAUACCUUGAUCGAAAUGGCGGCUCAGAACUCGGACUCGGACCCCAACUCCAACUCCUCGGCUUCCUCGACCUCAGACUCGGAUUCUGACGACGAUGAAGCCUCAGACUCGGACUCCUCCGACUCGGAUUCUGACCAUGACGAAGACUCGGAUUCAGACUCCGACUCGAGCUCCGACUCCGACUCCGACUCAGACGAGGACCAAUCCAUCGCCUCCAGCCCCACCACCCUCGACGGCUACGUCUUCGUCACCCGCCUCGACAACAUCCAGUUCCCCGCCAACUUCAUCCUCAAAAUCGAGGACGAGCUCGAGCCCGCCCCCGCCGUCUGCCAAAUCAUCGUCCGCGACGCCACCCACCAGACCUUUGUCGGUCCCAGCUGGGGCGUCUCCUCCGCCGACCGCGACCUCGGCAUGGCCGUCACCUACCCCGUCGUCGCCUUCCUCUCCUACGGCAUCCCCAAGCAGACCGCCUUCCCCGACGCCAUCUACGUCGACGAGGCCUCCAUCAUGCCCCACGUCGCCCCCGCCGACCCCGCCAACCCCCUGCAGUCGUGCACAGCAUCGUCGGCGUCUUCAGCAUGGAAAUGGAAGCCCCCGCCACCCCUGCCCCUGCCCCCAUCGUCACCGUCAACACCCUCAGCCCCCAGCGCAACCCACUCCACCACGGGCGUGAUCCUCCCCGACAUGGUGCCCCCCGUCCCCCACAUCCCCGGCUUCACCCGCGGCACCGGCCCCCACCACAACCACAACCACCUAAACUUCCCCUACCCCCGCGACACCUCGGACGACUCCGACUCCGACUCCAACUCCACCGACACCGACCCCGACGACGCCUACGCCCGCCUCCUCGUCGCCCUACAGCGCCGCGAUUCCCUCCGCCGCCUCUCCAACGCCGACACCCGCGCCGCCGACUUCCCCGCCCUCGAAGCCACCCCCAUCUAG